UUCGUUCCCUGACGGCUCCGGAUUGGUCAGGGCGGGCUGAAACUCCGCCCCGCGCUCUCCACAUCCCUCUCGUGCCUCCUCCAGCGACUCCAGUGCUGGAUGCCCGCCGUGAGGGAACGGAGGGCGAAGGAUUUGGGGGUCUCUCACGUCACUGGCAUCCCUCGCCAGGCUGUGUGGGGCGAGGGGGGACCGCUCUCCCCGUGUUGUGGGCGUGCCGGCAAGUUUGCUGUGUGGGAAAAAAAAUCCAAGCUCCUCAGAAAUUCUUCUCUUUUUUUGUCCCCUCAAGAUAAGAACCUCUUACAGCAGGAAUCCAGGAUCAAGGCAUUUGACUCUGGCUCUGGCGACCUGCUAUCCCAUCUGUUAGCCAGUUCCCAUACCGGUGGGAGGUGGAAUAAGAGAAGCCGGGAGAGAGAAAGAGCAGGCGGAAGAAGAGUUAGCGGAUUAGCAUUAAUCCUCCAGCUUUGCACACUUCCAGCCAGACAGGAACAACGACCGGUGUAACAACAGCCUCCUUGAUCACUGCUUCUCCUCCCUCUGUCCAAGGAGAGAGAGAGACAGGGGUUCUGGUCUACACACAUCUCUCUGUAUUCCUGAAGGCCCAGACCUGGAAGAAACAAAUUAGCCUGGUGGCUUCCUUAAAGCUGUGAAGAGGCGCUGUCUAAGGGAUCUACAGAGGUGGGUGGAAAUCAGGUGCCCACACCCAGCUGGAAACCUAGAAGUUCCACGACAGGUUGGUCCUGAAUAGGUCGGAAGAAAGACCUCUGAAGCAAGAAAGAAAGCAGAGGGACAAGUGAUGGAGGGAUCCUGGACUGUGACCAGUCACUGAGACACAAACACCUCCAGAGUUGUGCCCACCUCUCUUGAACGGCACCUCCCUGUAUUUCUGAGACAGUGUUUCGAUAAACGGGCUAGGAGAUGAGUCUUGGGAAGCUGCCAGUGAUUGGCUGGGUGUCUGGCUCCCACAGCAAGCGCCGUCUCAAAGUGGAGCUGACCCCGGACAUGAUCAGCCCACCACUGGGGGACUUCCGCCAUACCAUGCAUGUGGGUCGUGGCGGCGAUGCCUUUGGGGACACUUCCUUCCUCAGGAACCAUGGCGGCGAGGAAGCCAAGCCCAACAACUUCUUUGCUCGGACACUGUGGCACGUGAGGAGGAGCCCGCUAAGGAGCCGAGGAAGCAGGAACAAGGACGAGGCCUCUCCUACGCCCCCUGCCAUCUCACCCAUCAUCAAGAACGCCGUAUCACUGCCGCAGCUCAAUGAAGGAAGCUACGGGAGCGAUGGCUUUGGAGUACCCUUUGCCUUCAAGAGCACUCCCAACAGCUUCUCUGGCUAUGGAGUGGAAUCUGGAUUCUGCACCAUCCCUCGUGUUCCUCGCUCAGAGAAGACCCAGGAAAGCUCCCACCGUGCCGAAUCAGCGCUGAAUCGCUCAGACUCCUUGCUGUCUUUUCGCCUUGACCUUGACCUUGGCCCCUCCCUGAUGAGUGAACUCCUCCAUGUCAUCAGCUUCCCGGGAGAUCACGGCCACAGCAACACAGAAGAGGAGGAAAGAGGGGAGGGCAAAAUUUCAGCCUGCAGUGACACUGCCUCACCACUUUGCCCAGAGGACACCAGUGGGGAGGACUCAUUGCCCUGGAGACCAGGGUCUCUUCAUGCUAAAAGUGAAGAGAGCAAAACUGCAUCAAGCUUUUGGGUUCGCUCCGAGGCCAGUUCACCACUGGUGCAAUCCGUUUGUGCCAAUGGGGAUUUUCAUUCCAGAGAGUCAUCGCAGGAAGGGUCGCCCUGCUCUAGGGGAAAGCCCUCCGAGCUGGGAGCAGUGCCGAAAGAAACCCACUGGCAAGAGCACCAGAAUGGCUGCGACAUGGAAGCAAGAGAAUUCAACCGGGCAGCCCAGGUUUUAGCUUCCUACCGCAGCCUGCAGCAGCGAGAAGAGCCAAGAAACCAAGCCUCAUGGGAAAGCCCAGAAGCCAACAUGUGGCGUCUGAAGGCUGAACAGCAGGAACGCAAGGCCAGAUGGCACCACAGAGUAGAGGAGGAGGAAGACGAGGAGGAGGAGGAGGAAGAGUUCUACAGAGAUGGAGCAAGCAUUGCUAGGGAGAGGCACAGUGAUUCCUUUGACUAUGUUGAUGAGGAGGACGAUGAAGUUAAGGUUUGAACAGCUGUAGAUGCUCUCUUGUGACCUCCCAUCACACUCCCAGGAGAGACCAGGGUUAAAGGGAACUAUGCACCUUGCAGGCCGACUGGUGUGUGAACUCACAGGGUUAGCCUUCUUUGGAGAUGUUCUAGAUGGUGAUAGGCCGGUGAAGGAGGGAGCUCAAUUACCUGCUUUGCUCUCCUGCUCCUCCUUCUGGCUUUGGUGGUCUAAAGAAAGGGGCAGAAGUAAAGCAGAACCACACAAAGGAGACAGCCAGCCUUUGUUGGCUCUUUCAUUGAGGUCAUGGCUCUGCGAUGCAGCCAGCAUUUACAGGUGUUAAUGAGUUCACAUUUCCCUUUAACCCCAUUGGCUGACUGAUUCUGUCACUGAAAACUGUGGCACAACCCCUCCAUGGCCCGGUAAAAAGAAUUUAUCCUUAAGGAAAGAGGGGGGAAACCAAGGAGACCCUGUACACCACUGUCAAACAAUUAUAAGAAGGGAAGUUUUUUGAAAAAGGAGCAAACCUGAGGUCUAGGUGGAACAGGAAAAGCCACAAGAUGCUAGGCUUCCUUCAGUCCCAAUGCAACAUUAUUCACCUUUCAGGAAAUACUUGUGUCUUCUGCUUGAGGUAAAGAUCACAGUCACUAAUCUUCCAGUCCGAUAUUCGAACAUCAAACUAUCCAAGAUGUCCUCUCUCCUCUGCUUAUAAGGAACACCAGACUUGGAUUGGAUUUGACCUCUAACUGGCUCUUUGGUGCUCCAU